AUGAAUAAACGUAAAUUGGAAAACAAUUCUCAUUUGGAGGUACUCCAAAAAAAAUUAAAAAAAUAUCAGCAUUUAAUUGAUCAGGAAAUGUCAUCAAAUUUAGUCGACGAUUCUGUUGAUAAUUCUUCAUCUGAGGACUCAGAUGUUGACGACCAAGAUCAGAGUAGUAAAUCUGAUAUUGAAAUGGAAAAUGCCUCAGAUAAAAACUUGAAGGCGUCAGUGGAGUUGCAGGAGACGAAGGGUUCUGAAGUUCCCACCCUCAGUGAAUCGGUGCUCCAAAUCCUGGGCUCGGAAAAGAGACUUUUAAAGGAUAAAUGCUUUGUUUUGCACCCUGAACUAGCGUCAUGCUGGAAAGAUUUAUUAGCUUCAGGCAUGAACAAAGAAGAUAAGUCUAAAAUGAUUGAAACUUAUCCUAACAAAGGAAACUGUCCUCUAAUUGCACCAACUCUCAAUCCGGAAUUACUCCCUCUUUUACAUAAAACGGCUAAAUCUCGUGAUAAAUUUUUUGCUAAUCAUCAGGAUGUGUGUGGCCGUAGUUUAGUGGCUAUUGGUACAGCCAUCUGCAAUAUUUUGAAUGAUGAAGAGGAACCGGUAGAUAAGGAACAGCUUUUAAAGCUUCUUUGUGACUCCAGCAGCAUGAUGUGUGACCUGUUUUUCCAGUUGUCCAAAUCCAGACGUGCACAAUUGUACUCAUGUGUUGAUGGAAAAAGGAAGUCUGUUCUUGAAGAUUCACCCACAGAUGAAUUUCUUUUUGGCAUCGACCUUGCUAAAAGAAUUAAGAAUGCCUUAGCUGUUGAAAAAACAA